AUGUCAAAGAAAAUGUUCUUUAUAAAAAAAUUAACACACACAAUUCAACUACAUCCUUCAUUUUUCACACAAAAUUUUAAUAAUUAUUUAGCUGCAAGGUUAUAUGCAGAUGUCGAAGGAAAAUGUUCUGGAAGAUUUGGUUAUGUGAUUUGUGUGUUAGAUACUAUAGAGAGUUUAGACAUUUCUAAUGGAAAAGUUAUACCCUCACAUGGAAUAGCUGAAUUUGAGGUAAAUUAUAGAGCUGUUGUUUAUAAACCUUUUAAAGGAGAAGUGGUGGAUGCUAUAGUCAGUCAAGUUAAUAAAAUGGGAUUUUUUGCAGAUGUUGGUCCUUUACAAAUUUUUGUGUCUAGUCAU